AUGGACCUCAUUCGGAAGCUCCGAACAGCGCGCAAACUGAUCCUGGUGAUAAUGAUCCCGUUGUCACUGCUGCCGUUACCACUGAUCUACCCAAGCAGUGAGUCGUCGUGUGCCUACGUCCUCAUCGUUACCGCUGUCUACUGGGUUUCUGAGGCCGUACCCCUGGGGGCUGCUGCGCUGGUUCCAGCAUUUCUCUAUCCACUGUUUGGGGUCCUAAAGUCCAGUGAGGUGGCUGCUGAGUACUGUAAGGACACCACGCUGCUGCUGAUGGGAGUGAUCUGUCUGGCUGCCUCCAUAGAGAAGUGGAACCUCCAUAAACGCAUAGCGCUGCGCAUGGUCAUGAUCGCCGGGGCCAAACCUGGAAUGUUGGUUUUAGGGUUCAUGUGUUGCACGGUGUUCCUGUCCAUGUGGCUGAGCAACACCUCCACCACUGCCAUGGUGAUGCCAAUCGCCGAGGCCGUACUUCAGCAGCUCGUCAUAACGGGCAUCGCCGACGCCGGAGAGGAUUCCGAGGAGACCGGCGACGGUUCCCAUAGCACCUUCGGUACGCCAGCAGUCCUGUUGACUCUCAUAAUACAGUAAACACAAUUACUUUAAGCUGUUUUACAUUAGCUUUCAGAGUCAGGUGCAGUGUAUACUAGUUUUUCUGCUGUUGUUGUGGACUCGUCAUACUUCUCACUUAACCUCCCCGUCAAAACGUGUCUCCAAUCUCCGCACUCUUUCUCUCCUCUCCUCUCCUCUCAGAACCAGAUCAGUGUGACGGAGCCGCCGCGGGUCAAGCCCAAGAUCCGCAGGAACUCCAUGUACCCGACCAAGCGUGAUCACAUGAUCUGCAAGUGCCUGUCGCUCAGCAUCACCUACGCGGCCACCAUCGGAGGUCUCAUCACCAUCACGGGCACGUCCACCAACCUCAUCUUCGCCGAGCAGUUCAACAAUCGUUACCCUGAAGCAAAAGUCAUCAACUUUGGCACGUGGUUCAUCUUCAGCUUGCCCAUCGCCCUUAUCAUGCUGGUGUUGACCUGGCUAUGGCUUCACAUCCUCUUCCUGGGCUGCAAUUUCAGGGAGACUUGUUCGCUCAGCAAGAAGCGCAAGACUCGCAGGGAGAUCAUUUCUGAGAGACGAAUUCAUGAGGAGUACCAGAAGCUCGGCCCGAUCAGCUACCCAGAGGUGAUGACUGGAGUGUUCUUUGUGCUCAUGACUCUGCUGUGGUUCACGAGGGAGCCAGGGUUCGUGCCUGGGUGGACCUCUCUCUUCGAGAAGAAAGGCUAUCGGACUGACGCCACAGUCUCUGUGCUUCUCGGAUUUCUCCUCUUCCUCAUUCCAGCCAGAAAACCGUGGCCAUUUAACAGCAAGGAUGACGAGGAGGAGGAGGAAGACCCACUGGCUCCUAUGAUCACGUGGAAGGACUUCCAGAGGCUCAUGCCGUGGGAGAUUGUCAUUUUGGUCGGGGGAGGAUAUGCUUUGGCUGCAGGGUGCAAGGUGUCAGGGCUGUCCAUGUGGAUUGGCCGACAGCUGGAGCCGAUGAGUGGUCUUCCCCCGUGGGCCGUGACGCUCUUGGCCUGUCUGCUCGUGUCCGUGGUCACCGAGUUCGCCAGCAACCCGGCCACCCUCACCGUCUUCCUCCCCAUCCUCUCUGCCCUGUCUGAGACCCUGCAGAUCAACCCCUUGCACACACUGAUUCCAACCACCAUGUGUGUGUCCUUCGGAGUCAUGCUGCCCGUGGGGAACCCACCCAACGCAAUCGUGUUUAGUUACGGGCACGUGCAGAUCCGUGACAUGGUGAAAGCAGGUUUUGGGGUGAACUUGAUCGGUGUCCUGGUUGUCAUGUUGGCCAUCAUGACCUGGGGUGUCCCCCUCUUUCAGCUAAACGAGUUCCCGGUCUGGGCUGUCAUGAGAAACACCACCGGCAGCUUUUAGCCACCAGAGGGCACUAGCCAAGAGAGAGGGGCAGGGAGGACCGGACCGUUAGUCUCCACAGUAAACGGACAUGGAUCGGGACAAGUGACAGCAGUGUGGGAGAUGUGUGUGUUCUCUCUCUCUCUCUUCAACUAUGGAAUGGACUCUGUACAGGACAAAACAAAUAUUCUUAUUGUUUAAUGACUGCCUGUUUGUCAAGAGGAGAGCCAGCGAUGUUUCAUUUGUAUCCAAGGUGUG